UUUUAACAAUAAUAAUAUAAUAAUAAUUAUUUUUAUUACUACUAUUAGAAAAAGCAUUAUUAGCCUUAUACAAUUGGCCCGUAAAGAAAACCCAAAGUUCAUCGGCCCACAACUGAGCUCGAUAACAAAACACAGAUAUGGCGGGUUGGAGAAGAGAAGAACACAAAAUAAUCCUUAAUUUCUCCAAGAAAUUUCUCGAAGAUUAAAAUGGCAGGAGUACAACCCGAGAAAGACCUUAAGGUCUCGCUGGAGCUAACUGAAGAAAUUCUACAGAGUAUGGAAGUCGGCGUGAAUUUUCGAGAUUAUAAUUGUAGAAUAACUUCGAUGGAUUUCCAUAAAACGUGCACCUAUCUGGUUACUGCUAGUGAUGAUGAAUCCUUACGGCUCUAUGAUACUGCUAGUGCCACAUGUUUGAAGACUAUCAACAGCAAAAAGUAUGGGGUUGAACUAGUUUGUUUUACUUCUCAUCCGACCACUGUUAUAUACUCCUCCAAGAACGGCUGGGAUGAAUCUUUGCGACUCCUUUCAUUGCAUGAUAAUAAGUAUCUGCGAUACUUCAAGGGACAUCAUGAUAGGGUUGUGUCUCUUAGCUUGUGUUCUCGCAGUGAUUGUUUUAUAUCUGGAUCUCUGGAUCGUACUGUUUUGCUGUGGGACCAAAGAGCCGAGAAGUGCCAGGGUCUUCUACGUGUUCAGGGAAGACCUGCCACUACUUAUGAUGACCAAGGGCUUGUCUUUACCAUAGCUUAUGGAGGAUAUAUAAGAAUGUUUGAUGCUCGGAAAUAUGAAAAGGGGCCUUUCGAGAUAUUUUCCGUUGGAGGAGAUAUGUCUGAUGCUAAUGUCGUCAAGUUUAGUAACGAUGGAAGACUGAUGCUUUUGACAACUUCGGAUGGUUAUAUACAUGUGUUAGACUCAUUCCGUGGCACACUUUUAUCAACAUACAAAGUUAAGUCUGCAUCAAGUGUUUCAACACUGGAGGCUGCUUUUAGUCCAGAUGGAAUGUUUGUUAUCUCAGGAUGCGGAAAUGGCAGUGUUUAUGCUUGGAGUGUUCGGAGUGGCAAAGAGGUUUCCAGCUGGUUGAGUAAUGAAAUGGAACCGCCUGUCAUCAAAUGGGCUCCUGGAAGUUUAAUGUUUGCCACAGGCUCUUCUGAGUUAUCAUUUUGGAUUCCAGAUUUAUCCAAACUAGCCUCUUUUGCCGGAAGAAAGUAGAUAGCUAAUGCUGCUGCUUCUUCGCCAGCCCUGUAGAGACCGUGUUGGGAUAUUUUCUGAUGGAGUCAACUUUCUGAUCAGAUAUGGGCUGCUAGAUGUUGGUGCUCGUUUAGGAAUCUUGUGGAUGAAGUGAAGGCUGAAAUUGUACAUAGUUGUACUACUCUGGUCCUGUUCAACUGCCUUGUAAUUUUCUGCAUUGAGACAACCUUUAGGGUGUCCUGAUGGUCUGUAAUUGGGUAUAUUCUGCGUAGCUAUGGGUGUUACGGUUGUUGAACCAAACUAAUUUGUUAUCACCAUUAAGUUAAGGUAACCUUUUAAUUUCUGAAUUGAUUUUUUUAAAAAUCAAAUUAAGAUCAAAGUGCAUGCAUCAUAUUUUUAGAAUAGCA